AAUCAGCCACCCUUCAAAGAAUCCUUCAAACCGCCAUCAACAGCAAGCAAUAAGCAUUUUUCCUUGAACUUCGUACCGAUAAUUAUGGACUUCUAGUAUCAGAAAACGUUCUGGAACAAAAUGGAAGGCGAAUGCGACCACAGAGUGAUGUGUGGGGCCGAGGAAGAGCGGGAAAAAUAUUCCAAACAAACAUGGCACAAAAACUUAAAAAAUGUGAAAAGUUGCAGUUAAAAAAAAAAAAACUUACAUCAGCUGGACACACUCUUCCCACCACCUCGCAAAAGUUGAGCUCUGGCUGAUAAACGUACCUCUGGGCCAGUUGAGUGACUACCUGCGAUCAGUACUCACCAUUUUUCGAAAGUAAAGAUGAGGAUUUUAAAAACAAAAGCGAGAAGACAGUUCCAUCAUUAGCAGAAACCAUAUACUUCCAAUAAAGCACCUUUAAAAUCUGGACCUUUUUUUUUAAUGAGCAAUAAUUUAGUUUUGAGUUUGCAAUGAUUUAUGAACUUGAUUUAGCAAAAAAAGAAGAAAAGGAGAAGAAAGAGAAAAAAGAAGAACAUGAUUUCCUCUUCGAAGAAGAACAUGAUUUCCUCUUCGAAGAAGAACAUGAUUUCCUCUUCGAAGAAGAAUAUGAUUUCUUCUUUAACUCAACGAAUUUAUCAGAUUUUUUUUUAAAUGAUGACCAAUCUAGCCGAAGUGAUACACAAAGCUUACAAAGAAUAAAUUUCCAAUCUACUGAUGUUCCAUUUUUUGAUAACGAAGAUGGAAUUGCUACAAUUUGGGAAAAACCAUGUUUUGUGAAUGGAAGCAUUGACUGGCAUAGUAUAUUACAACUGGAAGAACCGAUGUUGAUAGUUUUAAAACUUACAGACCAUUUGAACGACAAAGAAAGUCCUUCAAUCUUGAUUAAAGAUUGGCACGACCUCAUUCUUCUUUCCGAUACAUUGAUCAGUGUUUCUAAGUGCAAACUCAAUUUCCACAAGGAAAGCAUAAUUUUAGAGAUGCUUUCAACAGAAGUUCUUAAAGUAAUUAUAGACUUGAUUUCUGAAGCGCUCACUACUAUCCCAUCACAUGAAAAACUAACUGUAGUUAACAAGUUGAUUUGUUUUAAAGAAGAUGUUAUUUUAUAUUUUGAUCAUUUAUUAGAACAGGUAGAUAUCACAACGCUUAAAUCUCUGUUACAGUUGUAUGUGAAAUUUUAUGAAUAUGUUUCAAUAAAUAUACAUUUGAACAAUGACAUAUUGGAUAAACUUGAAGUCAUUAUCAAAAAGGUCAACAGACAUAAAUUCAAUUCUUUUAAUUUAUGCUUUCCGACAAAUAUUUAUGAGAAAAAUGAGGUAUAUGCUAAUCUAAAAGUUGGUGCAUAUAAAAGUGUUACUGAUUACAUAACCACUCAUUUUCUACUUUUAAAAGAAGAUUUUGAAAGUGUAUUGAGGACUGGUAUACAUGAUUAUUUGACAAAAAAAAAUUGUGAUCUAACAGAAAAAUCUUUGAAUAUAUAUAAAAAUGUUCGUUUAUCUUUAGGCACAAGUUUUAUUGUAAAAUUUACUGAUGAGCAGAAUAAGCAGUUAGACCAGGUUGACUGGCUAAAUUCAAAAAUGUUUUUGUAUGGUUCACUAAUAUUACUUACUACAAACCACUUUAAAACCUAUUUUCUCGCAAAAGUGAAAAAUAGGAAGCCUUUAGAACGUGGGAGAGGGAUGCUAAUUAUAUCUUUUCUUCUUGUUCCUGAUCACAUUGAUUUUGAUGCGUUGUACAUAUUAGCCGAGCCAACUAAAUAUUUUGAACCCUUCUGUUCAGUGAUGAAAAUUUUAAGGCAAAUGCCAAAAUAUACAUUCCCUUUUGAAAAAUAUUUAGUACAUGCAGUUAGUAAUGUUAAACCGCCUUCUUACCUUCACGAGGGCAUAUCUUAUAAUAUAGGAGAGCAUUCCGUAAUUGUAUCAAAGAGAGAUACAUAUCCUGAUCCAAAGACAGUCGGUUUGAACAGUAACCAAAUGGAUUCACUUUUUCAUGCUUUGAAUCAUGAACUUUGUCUUAUUCAAGGACCACCCGGUACCGGCAAAACUUUUAUGUGUAGACAGAUAGUUAAAGUCCUCUUACAAAACAAACACGUAUGGGCUAACAAAUUCAAUACACCGAUUUUAAUAAUAUGUUAUAAAAAUUUAUCAUUGGAUGAAUUGCUAACUGGCCUGUUAAAAGAUGAAGUGAGUGUCCUUCGGAUUGGAAAAAGAACUAAAAGCAAAACACUAGCUAAAUAUUCGCUUAGAGCAAUUGAAAGUCCACAAUUCUGCGAUAUAUUUCAACUGCAUAAAAAUAACCUAAAACAUAGCCUGUUCUAUGUGGAAAGAAAAAGAUACAUCCUUUUCAAAAUAAUUUCUAUGAUAACAGAAAAUAAGGGUUUGAUUCCGUUUGCAACAUUAAAGCCGGUAUUGAACUCUGAAGAAACUGAAUACUUAAGUUGUAUUUAUUUGGACUGGAUUUUUGACAUGCCAGUAAAAGACAUUAAGACCAGCUUCAAACAACAUUCUACUUAUGCCAUUACUGAACAAGAUAUUACAGUUUUUAAAAGUAAAUUGAAAAAUUCUCCUACACAUUUCCAAAACAAAAAUUUAAAUUUCAAAGAUUUAGAUAAACUGUGCUUGUGCUUGAAGAAACUUUUAAAUUUUAAAUUGAAUAUGGAAGAAACCAAGAAAUCAGAAUUAUUAAAUGCAAAUGUAAAGGACAUAACUAAUGUGGAGGAUAGGUGGGCUCUAUACUACCUUUGGCUGGAAAAAUUAAAGUCUCAGUGCAACUUUUUUAUUAAACAGUUGACAGAAAAACAACAGAAUCUGGAUGGUAAACUUAAUGAAAUUGAAAAUAUAUUAAACUCUAGAAAAAUUGGUCAGAAUAUUGUAGAUGUUGUUGGUAUGACAACAACAGCUGGUGCAAGAUUAAAUAUACUUUUAGAUGAACUAAAACCAAGGAUAGUAAUUAUUGAAGAAGCAGCAGAAAUAAUCGAAAGUCAUUGCAUAGCUUCUUUAAAUGAACACUGUCAGCAUGUCAUCCUGUUUGGUGACCAUAAACAACUUCGCCCUUGUAUUGACUGUAAAGAGUUUGCAACUAAAUACAACUUCGAUUUAUCUCUAUUUGAACGUUUGAUAAAUAAUGGUAUUAACCCGUCUGUUCUGAAUAUACAAUACCGAAUGCGUCCAGAGAUAAGUGCAUUGAUAGCUCCAGCUAUUUAUAAGUACUUACAAAACGAUGAUUCUGUAACAAAUCAAGAUGAUAUUAAAGGUGUUAGCAAAAAUGUUUUUUUUUUUGACCAUUUACAUCAUGAACAUAAGGGUUCCAAAUCAAGUAUGUACAAUGAUUUUGAAGUACAUUUUGCACUCGGCCUUGCUCACUAUUUUAUUAUGCAAGGAUAUGAGCCAUGUGAAAUUACCAUUCUUACAAUGUACAAAGAACAGGCAAAUAUGUUGUAUGAGAAACAAAAAAAUAUGUUGCAAAAGGACCAUGGAAAAUUUAAAAAUUUGAACGAUAUUAUCAUUGCUACUGUGGAUAGCUACCAAGGGAAAGAAAAUACUAUUGUCAUUAUUUCAUUGGUGAGAAACAACAAGAAUGGCCAUAUUGGCUUUCUCGCAUUGGAAAACCGUGUUUGUGUAGCACUUUCAAGAGCAAGAGCCGGUCUGUUUAUCCUUGGUAACAUGACAAUAUUAUCCAAAUCCAGCACAUUGUGGCAAGAAGUCCAAACUGUGCUGCAGAAACAAAAUGCCAUUGGUAAAAGUUUACCACUUAUAUGUCAAAAAAAGGUGCACAACACUGAAGCUGUUAGUUACAAUCAGUUGCUUGUUAGUUCUAACACAGGUUGUGAUCAUAUGUGUAAACAGGAGUUGAAGUGUGGUCAUGUAUGUAAGUCCAAUUGCCAUUUGCCAGAUACAGAACACAAAGAAAUUUAUCUAUGCACAGAAUUCUGUAUGGCUACUCUGGAGUGUGGACACAAAUGCCAGUUCAUGUGCCACAUGGAUGAUAAGGAGCAUGAAGAUAAAUUCAUUUGUCCAUUACACAAUGAUAAUUUGCUUUCGAGACAGUUUAAUAGUGUUACUAUUAACCCAAACAAAGAGCAGAACAUUAAAAAUACUUCAAAACGUAAAUUAUGUGGUGCAAAGUUAUCAUGUGGACACCAGUGCUUAUUUCAGUGUCAGUUAUUUGAAGGUGGAAAACAUCAGAAUUAUUUGACAUGCAAAACAAUUUGUGGAAAGGUUCUCAAAUGCGGCCACAAGUGCACCUAUUACUGUCACAAAAAAUUAGGCAAGAAAGCUAAUAAGCAUUCCUGUUCAACAAAAUGUGCUAAUAAAUCUUAAUUUAGUCGCAUUUUUACACUUCAGAAAAUAUGAUUAGAGAAAGUGCAGCUUAUUGAAUUUGAAAAUGUUGAAUUUCAAAUAAUAUUUUGUAAAGAAUUUAACAAAAAUGUAACAGUUUUACCUUACAACAAUUUUUAUCAAUAAAAUAACGAUAUAGUCGAGUCCAUUCAAUCAA